CAGCUGAUCGUUGAUAGUUAAAUUCAUUUAAACGUCUCAUUGCCUGAAAGAGGAAAACGAGGUUGCUGCUGCACAGCUUGAUCAAGAUCCCAUCCAGUUUCCUCAAAAUUUGUGGGACCCACUUAAAGAUGUCGAAUUUGGAUGGGUGCGAUCGAUUUCAGCGGGCGCUAAUGGAGUGCCACCGCAAGAUUCCGGCCGGACCGGCUCGUGAAGCUGCCUGCAAGCACCUAAACCGGGCUCUGGCUCAGUGCCUGGUCUCCCUGGCUUGCCCCGACGAGUCGGAGGCGGUUCGGAGCCUCUGCUCCAGCGGUGGGACCGGUCUCAAGCGGACUCAAUGCCAACAGGCCCAGCUCUCUCUCUCACUCUGCCUCUCCUCUCUUCAACAACAAUAACAAUGUAAUGUUUUGAGCUGACGUGUACUUCUUAGAAAUGCUGUUUUUUGUCUUUUAGGAUUUCACUUUCUUGUAUGUUUUCGAUUUU